UUAUUUAUUAAUUGUUUACAUGCCCUGUGUAGUAAUUGCAAGUGUUUUGCAUUUCCUUGCGUGGGACUGCAUUUACGCCGAUAGUGCGUAGGCUGUGAUUAUGGUGCGCUGACGCCGGUGUUGUUCCUGUGGGUGUUUAAUACUCAAAGACAGCUGUGAUUGGCCGAAGAUGGAUCGAACAAUGUAUGGCAAGGUGCUGCCAGGCACUUACUAUCCGUUCCGCUGCGCUAUGAAGGAGAACGGAAUAUCGCCCGGCUAUGCGCUACUCGCCGACCUUCAGAACUCCAUCAACCCUGGUCCCAGGGUAGGCAGUCCAGGUGGCAGGAGUUCUCCCGGUGGAAGAACAGCUUCACCUGGAAGGACCAGCUCUCCUCUAGGCCGAGGAAGCUCUCCUGGACGCCUGAGCUCACCGGGAGGCAGUUUAAAUUCACCCUCGUCUACGGGCUAUGGCUCCAUAAAUGGAUCUAGGAAUAUAUCUUCAGAUUAUACUAAACCUGCUUCGCCCACCUAUCAAAACACAUCAUCACUCCACGAGAAAGUGGUUCCAGUCAAAUACAGUACAACCCAGUCAAGCUAUGGUAACCACACGACGAAUUAUAACGCUCCACAGCCGGGAUAUGGUUCCACUGGGUCCAAUAGGAGCGGACGGGGUAACCUGACUGAGCUGGACACCCUACUCGAUGAUCUGAGCAAUGCGAGAUACGGGAAUUAUGUGGACAAGUCUACGUAUAGUGAAAGGAAUGUAUCAGACGGUUACGCCCGCACCAAUGGAACAGCCAGUCCUGCAUCCUCCAGACCCACAGUGGACUCUCUGCUCGAUCAACUUAGCGCAGACCUGCCCAAUGGUCGCGCCUCAACAUCACCAAUCCCGCCAUCUCAAGGAGGUACCCUCCCUCGGCCCGGCACCAAACAAGUGACGGUCACCGUGCAAGAGACGGUGGUGGAACCAGCUCAGUCGCAGCAGCAGCCUCCACCCACUAUGGCGGCGGUGCGUCACCAUCACCACGCGUCCAAUGCUACUAAGGAGUUGGACGAUCUGAUGGCGUCGCUUUCUGAUUUCAAAGUGAGCGGCACAGGAGGUGAUAGCGGUACCCACGUAUAUCGCGAAAAGCGUGCGUGGCAAGAGCACUACCGCAGCAACCCGCGGCAACCAGAGUCCGCCUCUCUAGAGCAUAUGCUCGGAUCCCUUCGAGCAGACAUGAGCCGCCAAGGAGUACAAACCCCCCAAAAGGGAUGCUGCAACGCCUGCGAUAAGCCCAUCGUCGGACAGGUCAUCACCGCGUUGGGUCGCACGUGGCACCCUGAGCACUUCACCUGCGCUCACUGCAACCAGGAGCUGGGCACCAGGAACUUCUUCGAGCGCGACGGCAGGCCCUACUGCGAGCCUGACUACCACAACCUGUUCUCGCCAAGAUGCGCCUACUGCAAUGGACCAAUUCUCGACAAAUGCGUAACAGCUCUGGAAAAGACCUGGCAUACGGAGCACUUCUUCUGUGCUCAGUGUGGCCAGCAAUUCGGUGAGGAUGGUUUCCAUGAGAGGGACGGCAAGCCUUACUGCCGCAAUGACUACUUCGACAUGUUCGCGCCGAAGUGCGGCGGCUGUAACAAGCCCAUCAUGGAGAACUACAUCUCAGCACUCAACACACAGUGGCACCCUGACUGCUUCGUAUGCAAGGAAUGCCGUGAGGCAUUCCAUGGUGGUUCUUUCUUCGAGCACGAAGGUCAACCUUACUGCGAGACUCAUUACCAUGGGAAGCGGGGUUCUCUCUGCGCUGGCUGUCACAAGCCCAUCGCAGGCCGCUGCAUCACGGCCAUGUUCAGGAAGUUCCAUCCCGAACACUUCGUCUGCGCCUUCUGCCUCAGACAACUCAACAAAGGAACCUUUAAAGAACAAAACGACAAGCCUUACUGUCACACGUGCUUCGACAAACUCUUCGGUUAAAACAUGACAUGUGACUUCACAGUGCAGGACCGUCGAACACGUUCCAUAUUCAAACUUUUUAAGUAGAUAUCGAUUAGCGAUUGUCUUUGAACUGUGAGCGUUCGAUAUAUGAAUAAAUAACGAAUGGCAAUGAGAGUGCAGAUCGAUUAUAUCGAUUUAUGAUUGCAGUAUUUUAAUGUGAAAUGUUCAAAUGAAGGCAAAGGUUCUAAUUAUUAUAACUAAGUGUCGACUGUAAGUCGGGCUAGUGCCAUACAAGAUAAAUGUAUGAUAUUAAUAUCGCUGUCUACGUCGUAACAUGUAAUGAAUCACUAACUUUAUUUAUGUUAUAAAAAUCUGUUUCAACCUAUCAAUUUAAUGAUAUGAUGACACGCGUAUGAAUGGUCUAGAAAUAUAUGAAAAAUCGAGAUUAUUUCAAGGACAAAGUAAAAUGUAAAUAAUUCUUUAUCGAAUGAUAUUGCCAAUUGGAUAAAUAAAACGACAAGAUAAAAUAUUCAUGAGGUACAUCACGACUUCUUUUGUUACUACCUUCUUUAUUCUAUAUUCCUACAAUUACACCUGUAUUAAUUAAAAAAAUAAACAGGUGUAAUAAUAAAAUAUACCAUUAUUUCUCAAAUUAUUUCAAUUUUAUUGCACGGGUAUUUUCUUUAAUUACAAUUUUAAAAUACCCGAUAACUGCGUACAUUUUCAAGGUCUCUGAUAAUAGCAUAUAGGUUCAUACACAGCGAUAAUUUAAAUACUAUUCAGAACGAUAAGACAUUUUAUAUUCAGUUUCAGAACAAAAAUUAAAGUUGCCAGCAACUUGAGUUGUGUUUUAAUGAUAAAUAAAACGAUUUGGAAUCAAUGAUGAAAUCUUUAUUCAUAAUUAUAUUAUAAACUUAGGGUUUCCCUGUUCAAGACUAUAGACCGAUAUUUUCUCAUACUUAUCACAAGCAAGUAAUGCGCAAUUUCACAAGAGUCGAGUACGAAAUGUUGAUGAUGUACGUCUAAAAUAUUUCCUUUAUAAAACAAGUAGAUAAAUAAAAUAAUUAUUAUAUUAGACACAGGACUUAUGUCUGACAAUUAGAUAAAAACAAUUGAACGUACAAAAUGAUCACAGCCAUACAUACUUGUAUGUUUAUUACAAUUAUAUAUAUUGUAAAAAAAAUGUUCAUACAACCUAGUGAGAUGUGAAUAAAAAAAGAAAUUUAACAAAAAAUAAAAGCUCACAGAAUAACAGUCUAGUAAAUAUCGAUGUAGUUUUUACUAGUGCAUGUGAUUUAAACUAAUUAAGUAUAGUGUUUAUACUAAAAAUUGUUCUAAGAAUAGAUAGGAUACAAAUUUUGGAAAUGUUAUUGCAAAUAGUACUACAAAUGUACGGUCUAAUAUGUCUCAGACAUUCGAUUUAGAUAAGGCUUAGUAUGCAAUUUUUUAUUAGGGAAAACACGACGGAUUUUUAUUCGUAGUUCUCUCGAAAGUUCUGCAGUUUAUUAAAUUGAAGUUUGGAAAUAAUUGAUUGUAUAUCUUACGUCGAUGGAAUAAGUCAGAAUCGCGCGAACUUAGAUUUCAAUAAUAUUAAUGGUAUUAAAAAAUUGAAUUUGUUAUGGAUUGAGGAAUUUCAGAUGUUUGUCGAUGUAAUGAUCCGUCGUGUUUCUCUAUGGAAUGAACAAUAGUGCUGCUAUGACAAUCCGAUAGUUUUACUUGCAUUUUUAUAAUUGAUGUUAUAUGCUUUCUGUAAUGUAAUCGAUCCGACUCAAUUAUAUCGAUAAGUUGUGUAUCUUCCAUUGGCGUUACGCUGUACAGUUAUUUGCUAUGUUGUUAUUAUAUUUUUAUUACUCCAUUUUACGUUAUUGCUUCGAACUUCGUUAGAAAGUGCCAAACGUAUCGAGCUGGAUUAUAAAGGUUGGCGCUCACGGUCCCACACCAAAAAUUUAGCAUCGUAGAACUUUUAAAAUCAUAAUAAAUCGUGUUUACUGGUCAUUUACAUAUACAAAAGAGGAAAUAACAGUUUUACCUCUAUUAUACAAAAACAAAUGACUAAUCAAGUUUUCCUUAACGUAAGGAAAAAAACAUAUGUUAUCUCAAUAGCAACAACGAUAUCGCAAUAAAAUUGUAACUUCAACACGUUUUGUGUUGGUUCGUGAGCGUUGGCACUAAGUUUAUCGCUUCAGCCCGCUUGAUAACGAUAAUGAAUGCAGCCGGCGAACCGCGGCUAGUUAGUAACGCACCGUACGAAAAUGUAAUCUAUGAGACACGAUUUUAUUGAAUCUGUAAUAUUUUAACAAAUAUAUUUAAUGUUUUUUUAA